AUGGCCAACCCCACGUCAUCCGAUGAUGAACCCAUUUACAUGAGGGCUUUGAACGCCGCCAGGAACGGCGACAAAGGUGCACUGGAAGGUCGAGAUGGAGAGAUCCUAGCAACAGCCCGCGACACGUUAUGGAGGAAAAUCGAAGGAAAUCCGAACUACCUGCUCACCCGGCAUGAAUUUGCAUUGUUCAACUACUACCGACAAUUCUACGAAAAGAACGCGAAAAAUAAAGAGAUCGUCCGCAAAGCGGUUGCUCGGUUUUGGGACAAUUAUUCAGAAGGACCGUCAAGAUCUGGAACGGGCAAGUCAUAA